GAUCCGCCUCCGCGCCUGGUGCCAGCGUCCUCGAAGCUCCUGGUCCUCCUGUGUGGGCUCAGGCUUUGCUUGGCCGACAAUGCUGCGAUCCAGGACCAUGGCUGUCGCGGUGCGGGUCGUUUAUUGUGGAGCUUGAGGCUACAAGUCCAAGUAUCUUCAGCUCAAGAAGAAGUUGGAAGAUGAAUUCCCCGGCUGCGUGGAUGUGUGUGGCGAGGGGACACCCCAGGUCACCGGGUUCUUUGAAGUGAUGGUAGCUGGGAAGCUGGUUCAUUCUAAGAAGAGAGGUGAUGGCUAUGUGGACUCGGAGAGCAAGUAUGUGAGGCUGGUGUCCGCCAUCAAAACCGCCUUGGCUCAGGCCUGAAGGUUCCACGGGCCAGCCCCCCUCGGCAGACGCUCCAUGAAAGGAAGGACUGAAAUGUUCAUCGGACACCUGGUCUUUCCCCGAUGUCCCCGCGGCUGCUGAGUGGGGCGCCAAGAUCGGAGCCCCUGGCCUUUGCCUUUGUGUGUGUGUGUGUGGGGGGGGGGUGUCCCCUGAGGGUCCAUCCUGCAUACUGGCCCUGUAUCCUUCCCUCCUGCCUAUCCCCCAGCUCUUCCUUGCCCUGUUAUGUUUGGGUUGGCCCUGCUCUAGGUCUCCUUCCUGAAGGGAAGCCGAGGGAGGGCUCUGGGUGACUGUGACAUG